AUUGAAUUUAUUUUGGAUUUAUACCUAUCUUUAAAUAUCAAAAGUUAUAGGAUUUUUAUUAUAAACUUGAAAUUUCAACAAAAUGUUGUCAAUUUGAAAUUAUUUCAGAAAACACAUUUUUUUUUACAAAUUAAUUUUUUUAAGUGUUUUUUCUGAAGUUUCUGCUGAAAAAGAUGAGCCAUGCAAUUGUUCCACAAGCAAAGAGAAGUCGAGGACGCCCAAGAAAAAAUGUCAGCCUUACAAACAUCAGCAGGCUUCAGUCCCACCCUCCACGUUCAAAUGGUCCAACUAAAAGAAAAAUAAUUGAAGAAGCUUCAGAUGAAAUCCAAAUAAUUGACUUUAAUGGAUUUGAGAAUUCUCAUCCUAAAAAGCCUAAAUCUGAUGAUGGUUCCAUCCAGCCUACUCGAUCUCAACCCCCACGUAGAGCUAGGUAUACUGAAUCGUAUGGAGGAUCUGGUGUAGAUGUUGUUGUAAUUUCUGAUGAUGAACAAAAUGAGGAAAGUGAAUCUGAAAGUGAUUCUGAUUGUAGUCCCAUUCCCUCACCAGUCACUAAAGUUCUAUCUAAAGAAGAACAGGAAGAGUGGGAAUUAAACAUUGAAAUACUGAAAAAAGAUCUAAAUGAUGAAGAAAUGAAACUUGUAUUGCUGAGGAAAUUGCGUGAAAGUCAGAAAACUAAAGAUUUGAAACAUGAAUCUAAUGGUAGUCCCCUGCCUACAGUACCUGGGCAGUUGCCUAACAGAACUUCAUUGACUUUGAAAGGUGGUGUUCAGAUUCAGCCUCUUCCCAGCAAGCAACUUUUGACUUCCAAAUAUGUUUCUCCUAAAAGAGAAAUUAAACAGGAAGCACCACAGCCCAAGCCAAGUAAUGUACCUAAACCUCUACCAACCUUCAAGCCUAUUCAUCCUGCAUAUAAACCUGGAACAUCAGAUUCAAAGAGCAGUCCUAUCCCACUGACUGCAGAAAAGCUCAAUUCCAACCAUCUUCAUCAGUAUCCUCUGCUUAAAAAUCUAUCAAACCAAAUCACUAUUACUCCUGUUCCUCCUACUCCAAGCUCCAGCACAAGUGCUAAACAACAGCAACCACAGGAGGAAAAGGUUGAUAUGGAAACAUUGCAGCAACGGCAAGCUGCUGCAAAAUUAGCCUUAAGGAAACAACUUGAAAAAACUCUUCUGUCAAUUCCUUUGCCGAAGCCUCCACCUUUGAAAAUUAAUUUUUUUCCCAAUGCCAACAGCAUAGAAUUCCUCUGUUUGUUAGGCUUAGAUUUUGUGGUUGAUUUCUUAACCAAAUCAAAAAAGGACACGCAUCAGAAAGACCCUCUAACAUGUGCUCAGUGUUCGACUGAUUUCACAUGUGCAUGGAAAUGGAAAGAAGUGGACAAGAAUGGCAAAAAAGCAUAUGACGUAUUUUGUGAAGCAUGCAUUAACUCCAAUAUCCGAAAGGCUUUAAAAGCACAGCAUACAAACAAUUUGAAAGCAGCUUUCAUUAAAGCUCUCCAGCAGGAGAAAGAAAUAGAUCGCCUUGCUUCCUUGCCAAUGCCAAAAUCUCAUUCCUUGCCACGUGAGGCUCGACAGAGCCCUCGUCUACCUGCUCCUGCUCAUCAAGUAAAUCAUUCUUCAUCUACAUACACGAUUCAAAAACCAGGGGUGGCAAUGCCGUACAUUCCGAAAGCAACCCCAGCUUUGAACCAUGCAACUUUAGCACAACUUCAAAAACUGACUCCUCAAUAUCAGUCAUUAUUACAAGCACAAGCCCAACAGUUGUUAUCUUCUGGCGUGCCUUUGCAUCCUAGUGUAUUGUCAUUUUCACCAUUUAUGACUCCAAGUCCAAAUCAUAAUCGAGGUAAAUCCACUUCAGGUCAGGCAGAUAGUCGUAGGCAGCAUUAUCGAUCAGACAGAGUUCAAUCUCCUUCAAUACCUCAAGCUUCAUCCAGCUGGAAAGCAUGAGGAAAUCGUACAACUUAUACAUAUUUAUCAUUGAUAUCUUUCUUUAUUUCCUGUAUUCCAAUAAGAAAAAUUAACUUUAUUUCAUGCGCAUAGGUCAUUCCUUGUUUGACUUUUUCGCAUAAAUUUAUUUUUGUGAGUUAUUGAAGUAAAUGUAAUCAUUAUUCUUAGAAGGAGUUAUCUUAUAGAUAAAGAAAAGAACACAAGGAUUUUUUCCCCCUGUUUGUUUAUGCAAUUUCUUUAUCAACUAGCUGUAAAUAGAAAUGGAAAGAAUUAAUAGAACAGAAGUAUUAUGGAACGAAUUCUCAUUAAUAAAAAUUCAUCCCCUUUUCAAAAUAUCUUUUAAUUCGUUUUAAAGCCCAUUUUAACGAUAUUAUAUUUUUAUUUUAUAAUAUAUGAAAAAGAAAGUUUUGAUUUUUAAAUAAAAGCCCUUCAUUUACUAAAACAGAAACAAAAUAGAGUUUUGAAUCAAAAACUAUAUUCCUGUAUAUAACAUAUAUCUAGAUAAAUUGAAAUAUUUAUCUUUGAAGACUUUUUUUGUUAAUUUAAUAUUUCUAUUCAAAAAUUUAUCACAGAUGAUUUUGAAUACUCUUAUUAUUUCUGUUCUCUUUGCCAGUUUAUAAAGACUCUUCUUUAUAAAUGACUCGGAAGCUUGAUUUCAUGGUAAUUUCAUUAGUUAAUUUUUUAUAACUCUGUGAAGAACAUAUAUAAAUAGUUAUUCAAACUUUGAUAAGGUAUGUUUUCUAUUAUUGGUAUAAUUUAUGAAGCUAUAAUUUCAUGUAAGAGUUGUUCAAAGCCAUAUAAAAUUUCUACAAAGUCUUAAAAUAGUUUUGUAUAACUAUCGUUUUUAAGAUUUUGCUGUUAUCUUUCUUUCAGUUAUGAAAAAGUGUACAUUCUUAGUACAUUUAAGAUUACAGAAAAAUACCUCAUAAGUGUCUUCUGUUAUGUCAAUGCUAGAUGAAAAAGUGCUUGAAAUACUUUUUUGUAGGUGAGCAAUGGUCACAACAAAGUAGAUUUCUAAUGCUCUCUAAAUUCAGAGAGUAUUUAAAGGGAACAAUUUAAUAUUAUAUAAAUUUGUUAUAUUGUUUUCUCAUUGACUGUUUUGUCUUCUUCUUCCCUUUUAUAUCUUAUAGUACAAAAAAGACUGCUCUUCAGAUAGCAAACUAAUGUAAUAAAUUAUCAUAUUACAAUCAUGCUUGGAAAUAAAUCAUAAAUUUUUACAUCAUAGUUUUAUGAAACUCAUCUGACAUGUGUAUGUGUCCAAAAGUGAAUAUUUGUACAUUUUCAGUUAUUAGGUUUUAUGUAUGUAAUAUAUGAAUACAUUUUGGUUUCAACAUCUCUUACCAACAGAAAUAUUUUUAACUAAAAAAACUUUUUUAAACAAAUAUAUUGUACAGAAAGUUCAUGUUUUAGGUUUAACGUACAAACUGUUUUGUAACAACUUUUUCUAUGGAAUGGCCUCAUGCUGAUAUGUUUAAAUAAUAGAAUUCAUUAAGUUUUAAAUAAUGUGCUGUUUGUUAAAGUAGUGCUCACCAUUUUAAUUAUCGUGGAGUUUGUUACACAGGAUUGUAUAUAAAUUAGUAGAACCAUACCAAAUCUAUAAUAGAAUUGGAAAUAAAUUUAUAACUUUC